CCUUUUUUUAUUUUUUAAAAAUCUGCGUUAAAUGAGGAGCGGGGGGAGGACGGCUGUUGUUUAUGGGGUUACAUCUGUAUGAGUGCGUUUUACCUCCUUGACUUACUCAACAAAAAGAAAAGAACUUCACCAUCUAACGUCCGCUGCUUCUCUUAUAUAUUUUUUUAUCUAGAAAGCUUUAUUGUGUGUUCGUCAUCCCUUUCACUUCCUCUCAUAACUUUAUCCAUAGAACAAACAAACAAACAAACAAAAAAACCACAGCUAUCUAUCCUCAUCCAAGUAUUUGCCUAUGCCAUUGACUCGACUUUCAACAUCUGUUCGCAACCAUCACAAAGAACCAGUAUCUUUUGUCGCAUCCAUGAACACCACGACCUCUUUCACACUCACUGCUGCUGGAUUCAUUUCGCCCAAGAUCAAGUGCCAAUGUGACAACAACAAGAAAGAAUCGUAUACGUUCCAUUCACGAUCAGAUUCCCAUGUCCGAAACAUCACCAUUAAGGACCAAACUGGCAGCCAAGUUUGUAAAGUGAAGAGCAAAGGGGAACAUCUCUUGGAUCUAAAUCUCACAACGGAGUCCAAAGACAUUAAUGUCCAAUUCCGAGAUAUGCUCGCAUUCAAGAAGGCUGUUGAGAAGAACAGUGUUCAUGGCGGGAUGGGCAAACAACCCUAUGUGCCCCAACCUGGAGAUGAGGACGAUGAACGGGCUGACCCGCGGUUUGUGCCCGACUUUUCUCUUUCAGACAACCAGAAUAUAUGCUGGGCAUUUGAAUUUGAGGGCCGAAUCUAUCAAUGGACUGCACCGGGCGGUCAUAGUAUCCAUAUUCCACCUGGAUCCGAGGUCCUUGUCUGCCAUGCGACUGCAACGAACGGACCUCCUACAAAGAUCGCAAAGUUCUCAAGCAGCCAUGUUGGAGCAUCCGAUAAACUGUUUAUUUCGAAUGACUCAAUAGCGAACGUACUUGACAAGAAUGGGCUCCAAAUCUUACUUUUGACCAGUGUGUUGAGUCUGAUGGAAAUCAUAAAUGACAGGAGCCGUGAACUCGUCGACUUUGAGUAAAAAGAGGGAGGA